AUGUCAUCUGCACCAGAUACACAAUUGGCAUUAAAUACGACAACACCAUGUGAAACAAUAAUAGAUUCAUCUGAUAUUCCAACCAAAAGUUUGACAAAUAAAUUUGAUAUAAAAACUCUUCGAGAUGCUUUUGUUAAUUGUGUUCGAUCUGAUGAUACACUUCUACUUGCUGAAUAUGUUCGUGCUUAUGAAGAAUUAUGCACUUUUGUUUGUUCUCUUGGUACUAUAUUUGAAUGGGCAACAAGAGAUUUAUCAGGUAAAUUAAUGAUAUUAAGAGAACAUUUACGUCUUGAUCCAAUUAAUUAUGAAUCUAUACAAUCAAUGAUUGUAUAUGAGAUUGAAUCAGGACGUAUACAAUCAAGAGAUACAGAAAUAUUUAUUCAACCUGGCAAACCAUUACAUAAUGGAUGUCGAACAUUAUUAAGAUUACAUCGUGCACUUGCUUUUCUUUCGGCUUUUUUAAGUGAAAUGCGUACAGCACCAGAUGAUGCCAGUUCAGCAACUAUUGCUUGCAAUGCAUAUUCAGCAACAAUGGCACAAUUUCAUUCAUGGCCUGUUAAAUAUACAAUUAUGGCUGCCAUUAAAUUAACACUUCCUAAUCGCCAAGAACUUGUGAAUAAAUUGCUCACGGAACGAACUACUGAUGAAAUUAAUACAUACACCGAUGAAAUAGUACAAGCAUGUAAUACUAUUGAACUCACAACGCAGGAACUUUUUAAAACUUAUAAUUUGACAAAAUUACCAUAG